CACUUCUCUUUGCACAUUUCAUCGAUGAGCUCAACAAAUCUGAUGAAAAUACUGCUUUCAGCUUGAGUUUCUGCAUCUCCUGAAAAACAAAGAUGACCAGAGCUCUGAUUAUCCUUCUGAUUGGGUGUCUGCUGCAAGGUGCCCUGUGUCAGGGAUUUCAGGCCAUUGUUCCAGAGUCAAUAGAUGUCCUGAGUGGAUCCUGUGUGACUAUUCCCUGCUCCUUUGAUAUAGACACCACAUUUAAAGACAAUUUAGAUAGCAGUUGUAAAGCAAUAUGGAGAGAUCAAAACGAUCAAGAUGUGUUUGAUAGUAGUAAACUAACAAGUGAUGGAGAAUUGCAUGGAAGACUGACAGAAAAAAACUGCACCACAACCCUGAAUAACAUUGGUCCUCACAAAGGCAAAAGUUAUUACUUCAGACUGGGAUGUAGUGGAGGGUUAAAAUUCAACUUUAAGGACUUUCCCAUAAAUAUUGUGGUCAAAGAUGAUCCUCCCACACCAACUCUGACACCAUCUACACUGAAUGAGAAGGAGGGAACCUCAGUGAGUUUGACAUGCUCUGCUCCAGCUCCCUGUCUGUCUCAUCCACCAACUCUGACGUGGACCCCCGGCCUUGGUGACAGUGAGGAGACGCUGAAGGAGAAACAGGACAAAACUAAAGACAAGAUCUCUGUUCUGACCUUCAAUGCUUCUCACCUCCAUUACAGAAAGGAAAUCUCCUGUACUGCUGAAUACAGGAAACAAGAUGGCAGCACUAGAAGAUCUGUUAGCAGUGUAACAGCUGAUAUUUCAUUUUCACCCAAAAACAUCAACGUCUCAGUCAGUCCCUCUGGUCCAGUACGAGAGAACAGUAAUGUAACUCUAACAUGCAGCAGUGAUGCCAACCCAGCAGUAAGGAACUACACCUGGUACAGAACUGAUGGAGGCCAGGACACCAUCAUGGGGUCUGGACAUACGUUAACCUUUAAAGCAACUCAAGACAACAACCAUUUUGUCUGCAAGGCUGAAAAUAAUGUUGGAGCUGGACGAUCCAACACCGUUCGAAUAAAUGUUCAAUAUGCUCCACAGAUUCUGUUCUCCGGUUGCAAUAUAACAGCAACCCAGGUUAACUGUUCCUGUGAGACCGUGGGAAACCCUUCUCCCAAAUUAGAGUGGUAUUUGGGUGGGUCACCUGUCAAUGGCUCUGAGACUCGAAUGAAUCAUAAUGUCAUGGGUUUCAUCUCUGUGAAUCAAACACAGGGAUUGGUUUGUCGUAGCUCCAACUCUCUGGGAUCUCACAGACUUCAAUUUUGUUUCUAUGGAUCUGAGCUAAAAGAAUCUACAGAAUGUAAAGGUCUCGUGACGUUGCCAGCCUUCAUCAUCACAGUCUUUGUUCUAACAGCAGCUCUAGUGUCAGCUCUGCUGUUUGCUUUCCGGGCUCAGAGGACCUGCUGCACAGGUGACACCAGCAUUGCUGUGGGAAAACAACACCUGACAAGCCGAAAGGAAAAUGAGGUUUCUGACCAACCAGAAGAGGACAUUUAUGUCAACGCCAAUGCGCUGAAAAGGGAAGAUGAACCAAAUACUCAUCAAGAUUUACAGGUUGCCAAUGAAGGCUCCAAGAAGAAGAAGAAGAAGAAGAAGAAGAAUGAGGAUGAGGGCAAUUACAUAACUUACUCUAGUGUGAUUUGGAAGAGCCAGAGGAAGGGACUACGCCGUGGGAGCAGGAAGGUCUCUGAUAGCUCCUUUCUGCAGGAGGAGAAGCGCAUGGAGGAAAGCACCAGCAGAUAUGAUGUACAAAGCGCACUGGAGAUGGUGAGCAUAUAUGGCAAUGUGGGGCCAAAACAAGAUGCAACGAUUGUGGACGAUACUGAAUAUGCCCAGGUUACAUUUAGAGACCAAAAUACUUAUGAUCCUCCCACACCAACUCUGAGACCGUCUACACUGAAUGAGAAGGGGGGAACCUCAGUGAGAUUGAGGUGCUCUGCUCCAGCUCCCUGUCUGUCUCAUCUACCAACUCUGACGUGGACCCCUGGCCUUGGUGACAGUGAGGAGACGCUGAAGGAGAAACAGGACAAAACUAAAGACAAGAUCUCUGUUCUGACCUUCAAUGCUUCUCACCUCCAUCAUGGAAAGGAAAUCUCCUGUACUGCUGCAUACAGGAAACAAGAUGGCAGCACUAGAACAUCUGUUAGCAGUGUAACAGCUGAUAUUUCAUUUUCACCCAAAAACAUCGAAGUCUCAGUCAGUCCCUCUGGUCCAGUAAGAGAGAACAGUGAUGUAACUCUAACAUGCAGCAGUGAUGCCAACCCAGCAGUACGAACCUUCACCUGGUACAGAACUGAUGGAGGCCGGGACACCAUCAUAGGGUCUGGACGUACGUUAACCAUUAAAGCAACUCAAGACAACAACCAUUUUGUCUGCAAGGCUGAAAAUUAUCUUGGAGCAGGACGAUCCAACACCAUUCAAAUAGAUGUUCAAUUUUCAGAUUCACCCAAAAACAUCAAAGCCUCAGUGAGUCCCUCUGGUCCAGUACCAGAGAACAGUGAUGUAACUCUAACAUGCAGCAGUGAUGCCAACCCAGCAGUACGAACCUUCACCUGGUACAGAACUGAUGGAGGCCGGGACGCCAUCAUAGGGUCUGGACAUACGUUAACCAUUAAAGCAACUCUAGACAACAACCAUGUUUUUGCUCCAAAGAUCCUUCCUUCAUCUGAUUGUGACAAACCUACAGACCAGAUCAACUGUUCCUGUGAGACUGUGGGGAACCCCUCUCCCACCUUACACUGGUAUUUGGAUGGGUUACCAGUCAAUCACUCUGACAAGUUUACUAUCAGCAGUCAGUCUAUGAAUGGCACGAGUCUGAGGAGCAUCAUGAUUGUGAAUCAUCUACAGGAAAAGGAUCAUACCAUCGUGGUCUGCCGUAGCACCAACUCUCUGGGAUCUGCCAUUCAGACAUUUUGUGUCCUCAGUGCUGAGCAUCAAACAUCUCCAGGUGUGUGUUUAGCAGUUGGUUAUGAAAUGAUGAAAUAG